AACCACGCAAAUUCUUUUAAUGAUAAUUUUUUUAAAAAAACUAACAAACAAUUAGGUCUGAGGGAAAUUCACCUUUAAUGGAAAACAGGAGGAGCGACGACCUUUUCUGCCUCGAUUGAGGUUCCUGCUCUGGGCUCCGUCCAUGCUGCGACGCGGGACGCUGUGGAGUCGAGCGAGCUACGCCUGGAGCACAGCCCUCCGAUAUACUAGUUUCACGUCUCGGAGAGCGCGCCCAGGCGACCAGGAGAGGAUGAGCUCCCGCAAGCCGGUGGCCGCGCUGUGCCAGGUCACCUCCACGCCGGACAAGGAGGCCAACUUCUGCAGCUGCGAGGGGCUGGUGGAGCGGGCGCGCGAGGGCGGGGCCUGCAUGGCCUUCCUGCCCGAGGGCUUCGACUUCAUCGGCUCGGGCCGCGAGGAGACGCUGGAGCUGGCGGAGGCGCUGGAGGGCGAGACGGUCGGGCGCUACGCGGCCCUGGCCAGGAAACUGGGGAUCUGGCUGUCCCUGGGGGGGUUCCACGAGCGAGGGGAGGACUGGGAGAGGGAUCGCCGGAUCUACAACAGCCACGUGAUCCUGGAUGACCAGGGUCGCAUUGCAGCCGUCUACAGGAAGUGCCACCUGUUUGACGUGGAGCUGACAGGAAGGGGCGUGUCCCUGAAAGAGAGCUCCUUCACCAUCCCGGGACCCUGCAUCGUCCCCCCCGUCCAGACGCCCCUCGGCAAGCUGGGACUGGGCGUGUGUUAUGACCUGCGCUUCCCUGAGUUCUCAUUGGCCCUCGUGCGGAAGGGGGCGGAGAUUCUAACCUAUCCUUCAGCCUUCACCGUGGCAACGGGGACCGCCCACUGGGAGGUCCUGCUGCGUGCCCGGGCGAUCGAGACGCAGUGCUUCGUGCUGGCCGCCGCCCAGGUGGGGCGCCACCACGCCCGCCGCGCCUCCUUCGGCCACGCCCUGGCGCUGGGGCCCUGGGGCGAGGUGCUGGGGGCCUGCGGGGCCACGGAGCCCGGGCUGGCGCUGGUGGAGGUCGACCUGCAGCGCCUGCGGGAGGUGAGGAGGGACAUGCCACUGCAGCAGCACCGGCGGGGGGAGCAGUUCUACAGCCAGGACUGAACCACUGGACACCUGCGGCGGGGGGAGCUAUUCAACUUGUUCUCCUAUUCUGUGUGCAGCCCUGGGGGGGGCAGCACAGAGUCCCACUGCUUCUGCUUGCAGCCUCUGACCUUAAUGACCUAAUUGAACAUUAAGCAAUUAAUUUAUGGUCAGUUUCUUCAGUUUGUAAUCUGUACCGAACUGAAAAGCUUCUUCCUCCCUGAGCUUCUGGGGCUGUAGCGAAAUCUGGGGUACGUCCCUGAGCUCUGGGGUACGCGCUUAAACAGGCGCAGUGGCCGCACUGCGUUGUUGUAGCGCCCCCUGGCGUGUGAAGUAGAGGAGAGCCGCCGCGGUUCUGCGUCGGCACUGAGCUCCGUGAGAAUAUCUCCCGUGCCGCUGGAACUGUCACAUAAAUUCUGCUUCGGUUAUUAAAAUCACUUUUUCAGAUCUGA